AAUACUUUGAUCCCGGUGUGAGACUUUGGACUGUCGGAGGAGCUCCCAGCUUGUUUCUAACUAAUAGGUGUUAGUUAAUUAAGUUUGCAGCAGCUUGCGGCAGUUUGCAGCUCAACAAAAUGAUUGGACAGAAAACUAUUCACUCGUUUUUCUCGCCUGUGUCGAAAAAGAGAGUUUGUACGGAUUUAAAUGAAGCCGAGGAGGAUGCAAAAGACCCGAAGAAGAAGAGGUCCGCAGCAGCAGCGGCGGUGGCGGAGCCGUCCAGCCCGUCUCCUGCGCCUCUGUCCCCGGAGCAACUCGACAGGAUCGCCCGCAACAAGAAGGCAGCGCUGGAGAAACUGGCUUCCGCACAAACACCUCCAGGGUUUGGGGAAAGUUGGAGACACGGGCUGUCUGCUGAGUUUGGAAAGCCCUAUUUCAAACAAUUGAUGGACUUUGUCUCUGAAGAGAGGAAACGCCACACUGUGUACCCACCUGCUGAACAGGUCUUCACCUGGACACAGAUGUGCAACAUCCGAGAUGUCAAAGUGGUGAUUCUCGGCCAGGAUCCAUAUCACGGUCCUAACCAAGCCCAUGGAUUGUGCUUUAGUGUCAAAAGACCAGUGCCUCCUCCACCCAGUUUGGAGAACAUGUACAAGGAACUGGUCUCGGACAUCGAAGGCUUCAAGCAUCCCAGACACGGAGAUCUGACUGGAUGGGCCAAGCAAGGUGUGUUGUUGCUCAAUGCCGUGUUGACCGUCCGAGCGCAUCAAGCCAACUCCCACAAAGACAAAGGAUGGGAGGCGUUCACUGACGCUGUGGUGCAGUGGCUCAGCAACAACCUGGAAGGACUGGUCUUCAUGCUGUGGGGAUCAUAUGCACAGAAGAAAGGAGCCACUAUUAACAGGAAACGCCACCACGUCCUGCAGGCAGUGCAUCCUUCUCCUCUGUCUGCUCAUCGAGGAUUCUUUGGGUGCAAACAUUUCUCAAAGGCCAACGAGCUGCUCAAGAAAUCUGGAAAGUCUCCCAUAAACUGGAAGGAACUUUAAGUUCAGUGUUUCUAACGUGUGCUUGUCAACUAUAGACCAAAACUCACCCAUAAGCUUUCUAAGUUUCCUGUUUCAGCUGUAGUAUGUGCAGAGAUUUCUUUAUAAAAGAGUUAACGUUUUGUGCUGUACUCCGAGGUUUCAAGUUGUCAUGUUGUAAAUAUGUUUUUCUACCUUUUUUGUACUGAAAUGUUGGGUUUUAUUAAAGUGUUUCUAGAACGUU